AUGUCGAAAGCAGCCGGCAAAUUAAAGUCAAUGAAAAAGACAGUAGAGCGUAUAACGCAUACAACAAAACUGAAGACAAAUAUACCGGCUGGCAUGGCGGCAGCAGGCCCACCAUUGGGUCCUAUGUUGGGUCAGCGUGCUAUUAAUAUUGCUGCAUUUUGCAAGGACUUUAAUAUGAAAACGGCAGAAAUGAAGGAGGGUGUUCCACUGCCGUGCCGCAUUUCAGUGAACAGCGAUCGAAGCUAUGAUUUGGUCAUACAUAACCCGCCGGCAACCUUCUUCCUUAAGCAAGCAGCAGGCUUGCAACGUGGUACAAUGACACCUGGUCGUGAGGUAGCUGGCAUGAUUACUCUUAAGCAUUUAUAUGAAAUUGCUGCAAUUAAGAUACAGGAUCCGCCAAAUGCAAUGCUCACAAUGCAGCAAAUGUGCGAGAUGCUCAUAGGCAUAGCACGCACCUGCGGCAUAAAGGUUGUGCGGGAGAUAGAUCCUACGGAAUAUGGACAGUUUCUAGAAGAGCGCAAGAUUAUUGUCGAGGACCAGCGACGUGAAUUGCAAGAGAAACGUGAGGCUAAAAUGUUAAGAACAGGCUAGCCUUAAGUAAAUUGUAAAUUGUUUAAUCGUUAAUAUACAUUUUCAACUAAAAAAAUAA